GCGCCCGUGUGGGGUGAAUGAUGGGUGAACAUUAGUGCUCUGCUCCUGUCAAUUUUUUCCAAGUUUCACCGGCGAGAAAGGAUAAAGCAAAAGCACCCAGGUGACUGGACCGAUGAGAUGAUACUAAAACACAGCAGGAGUCCUCUUGUGCUCGCCGUCACCUGCAUGUACUUCUCAGGAGGUUUGCUGUGGUCCUACCAAGAAGAGGAUGCCAGUAACGGUGAAGAGUGCUCUGAAAAUAACAUUUCCACAUCAAAGUACCCCUGCGUGAAGUCGACUGGAGAAGUUACAACGUGUUACAGAAAGAAAUGUUGUAUGGGCUUCAAGUUUGUGUUGGGCCAUUGCAUUCCUGAAGACUACGAUGUGUGUGCUGGCGCCCCCUGUGAGCAACAGUGCACUGACCAUUUUGGUCGAGUGGUGUGCACCUGUUACCCUGGAUACCGCUAUGACCGUGAGCGCCACAGAAACCGGGAGAAGCCCUACUGUCUGGACAUCAACGAAUGUGCAGACAAAAACAUGACUACAUGCUCUCAGAUCUGUGUCAAUUCUGUGGGGAGCUACAGGUGUGAGUGUGAGAAAGGCUAUUUCCUGGAAGAAGAUGGGAAAACAUGUACCAAGGGGGAGAGAGCAGUGCAUCUCUUUGAGAAGUCUGACAACGUGAUGAAUGCUGGAACUUGCUCAGCCACGUGUGACGAUUUCUACCAGAUCAGGAUGUCUGUCCUGCAGCUUAAACAGAAGCUGGCCAUGCUGUCAAACAGUGCUGACGUCCCUGAGCAGAUGACCAGCGAGAAAAUCUUGACAUCACCCAUAUUUUUACCAGGGCCUCCAGGUCUCCCUGGUCCUCCAGGAGAUCCAGGACCAGAUGGCCUUCCAGGACUUACAGGACUGAUGGGGCCUCCUGGGCUUCCUGGUCCCAGGGGUUUGAUGGGACCCAUUGGACCCACACCAGAUCUGUCCCACAUUAAACGAGGACCCAGAGGACCUGUGGGGCCUCCAGGAGCACCAGGAAAAGACGGCCUAAAGGGGGAUAGAGGAGCUCCCGGGCCUGUCGGACCACCAGGCCCUCCAGGCUCCUUUGAUUUCUUGCUUCUGCUGAUGGCGGACAUCCGUAACGACAUCGCUGACCUGCAGAGCAAAGUGUACGGUCGACCGAUGCACUCUCCAGGGGAGGACUUUCCCACGGUCCCUGAAAGCUGGCGGGAAAACCAGGACAAUGUGGAUACAGGCUCAGGUGAGGACUACAAGGAACCUCCAGCUCGAUCAGGCGGAGGGUCCAAGAGGAACAAAAAGCGGAAACCAGUGCAGGAGAGAACAGACUUUGACUGGAAUAUUUAAAGAGGGUGGGUUUAAAUAUCAGGUGUAAAUAAUUGACUGGUUUGCUUUUUUAUUUAAACAGAAUGUACUGUAUGGCUUUUGAUCACAGAUGUUUAUUUUUGUAUGAUAUACAAGAGUUUGUGUGAAUAUUUUUUAACAAAAUGAGGACUGUACAAGUGCAUGUUUUUAUUAUGGCUCUGCCACAGCACAUUAAAUAAGUCUCUCAUGGAA